AUGUCUUUCGAUAUCACCUUCUUGGGAGCUUCAGGAGGACCCAUAGAGUCCAGCACGUGCUCCUUGUUGAUAAAACCACACAAUGUUGAUUAUAGUACCGUGCUGGCUGCCAACCUGCCGCUUUUGCAAGUGGAUGCUGGUUCUGGUAGUUUACUGUUGGCUGAGCUUAUAGCUGAUAAGGAGAGCCCGUCUCGGUUGCUUCGGUUGUAUGAAGAUUCUGAUGAGUUAGACGCUUAUGUGGCGCUCCAGCCAUGUUAUCCUUUUGCUUCGGUCUCUGGCAAUCCCUUCCAUAGCCUGAAGAGGAUCAUGCUGUGCGUCCCCACAAUUCUAGUUACACAUCCCCAUCUCGACCACAUAGCGGCGUUGGUGCUUAACCUGGCGGAGGCUGACUUUGCAAAGAACAAAGCUACCGUGUAUGCGUCGAAAUUCACGGCGCAGACGCUUCAGGAGAAUAUCUUCAAUGGGAAGAUAUGGCCUGAUAUGGUGUCUUUGGGCACCAUUGGCAUGUCUCGAGUGGAGCCAAAGGAGCCGUUUCUGACAAAUAACGGGGCAUAUACUAUCACAAUGUUCGAUCUUCAGCAUGGCGUCACGAAAACAGACGAGGGAACGGUCCCUUACUUGUCUCUGGCGUACCUCAUCCAUCAUAUUUCAUCAAACGCUAGGCUUUUGGUGUUUGGAGACUUUGAGGCUGAUGCUGUGCUGGGAAAAGAGCUAAAUCGCCAGAUUUGGUUUAAAGUGGCGCCGUUUGUCGCUGACGGCUCGUUAAAAGCUAUAGUGCUUGAAUGCUCUAUGGCCUCACAAGAACCUCCUGUUGAACUCUAUGGCCAUUUGAUGCCUGAGCAUCUAAUAGGCGAACUAGAAGUGUUUCUGUCGUUCUGCUCAUCGCCCCUAGACGGCUUCAAUGUCAUUGUAACGCAUGUUAAAGAUACCCCUGGUGGGCUGGAUCCCCGAAGGUUGGUGUUGAAGGAGCUCCAAACGCUAGCAGCACAAAGCAAGCUAGGAGUCCGUUUUUCCAUGGCUCUAAGCGGUCUUUCUCUCACAAUAUAG